ACAUACAUACAUACAGUUCACAAUCAGCUGUUUUGUGGCUGAAGCGGCCAUUUGCAGCAGUCUGUUUUAGCGUCGCGGGUGUGAAGGAACGCGCUUUGGUUUUUACGUUUAGUUUUAAGUUUUGCGCGUUUUACUCGAUGCCGGUGUCGCCCAAUAUAAGUUAGACACAGCAUUAGGCAACGGCAUUUUGUAUAUUUCUAAACGUUUAUCACACACACACGCAUACAUAUAAACAUAGGAUAAGAUGGGUCGCAGUCGAAGUCCCGCUUCACCCGCACACAGACGCAGGGAAAAGGAGCGAACAGAGCGUAAAAAGAGGCGCGAGCGUCGCUCACGCGAAAGAGAAGCCAUCGUUGGAAGCAGCGGCAGCAGCAGUCGUCGUGACAGGGAACGUGAUCGUGAGCGUGACCGUAGCCGCAGCCGUGACAGGGAUCGAGCACGGGGCGGCGGCAGGCGUUCGAGAUCCCGUUCACGUGGUGCUGGCGGCAUCGGCAGCGGUUCUUCGGGUCCAUCAUCAUCGUCGCGUCGUGCGACACGAAACAAUUCAGCAGCAGCAGCUGCAGCGGCGGCAGCAGCCGAGCGACCGCCAAUCAACGAGGCCGACUUGGAAGGUAAAUCGCCGGAAGAGGUCGAAAUGCUGAAGACAAUGGGCUUUUGCACAUUCGACACGACCAAGAACAAGAAAGUCGAGGGCAACGAUGUUGGCGAGGUGCACGUGAUCCUCAAGCGCAAGUAUCGCCAGUAUAUGAAUCGCAAGGGUGGCUUCAAUCGACCGCUCGAUUUUGUCGCAUAGUUAUCUUGUUUUUUUUUUUGCGACAUGCAUAAUCUAUAUUUAUGCAACGUAUUUUUUCACGUUACGUUCUUCUUGACGUAACGGACCUGCAAUUUUAUGCAAUAGACCGGUUUACAAAAUUUAACAAAAAAAGAAACAUAAAAAACCUCACAAAAUUUCCACAUACACACAAACACAUACAAAUACCUCAAGUAAUAACAAAGCUAGCUAGUUAUUUAGUAGUUUAAGUCGAAUGCGUUGUUUUAAAAUUAGCUUUUGACCGAAAAACAAAAGUUAAUUUUACAACAAUUGCAACAGAACCACAAUCACAAACACAAAAAAACACCUACCCCACGAAUGUAACUGAAAGCUCCAUAUUUAAAAAUAAUUUACUCUAAAGUUAUCGAUAAUCAAACGAUCGAUCGAUAGUAGUUAUCAACGAAGUGUCAGCAGCAUAAUUGACAACACUUGUUGCUCUUGCUCUCAUUUUGGCUUUUUGUCAUCGUUUCAUAUUCAAAUUUCUGUUUGCUUUCAGUUGCAUUUGCCAAUGUUUUUAAAAUGCACACACGAUUAAUGCUUUUUAAAUAUUUAAAGUAAUUACAAUUGUUUUUGUUGUCUCCGAAAACCAUCUUACACAUUUGACGUGUGUAAGCAUUUGGCAAUAACCACCCACAAACUUACCAAACACACGAAUUAACUGAAAUUUCAAAAUUUACAUUCAAACACACAAGUACAAUUACUUAAAGUAUUUGAAAACAUACAUAAACUCACAAAUCACAAACUAUCCACAAAUCCCCGAUAAAUCCUUUUCCCCAUGAUAUAUCCUCCAUACGCUGCAAUAGUACAAUUUUUACAACCAAACAAAAAUAUAUAUCAAAUAUAUAUUUUAUAUAUAGAAAAUUUAUUUAUACACACACAUACACCAAAGUACCUACAACAAACCCCUAUAAAAUCCCUACCGUUAAACCGAUUUUUACAAUAGCCAUAGCCAUUUGUUAAAAAAAAAUAAAAACAGAAAAGAAAUGAAAUGUUAUUUGUUCAACAAUCAAAAUGUUGUAAAUUUAUUUUUAUACCAGUCAACAGUUAAUUCAUUAAUCACAAGUGCCAAGUGAAAAAUAGCAACAAAACAGGCAAACAAAUAAAUAAUUAAGUUUAAGUGCAGACGCAGAUUGAAUAAAUAUAUUUAUAUAAUCUUUUGUACUUUUUAUACCGAUUAUAACAAUGUGUAAACAAUAGUUACAUUUUUGGCAAACUAACAAUUAAACUUCAAACAAUACAAAUUUGGCAAUCUCUCUCACACACACACUCACAACACACACACUUAUUUCUUUGUAGUUUUUUAAUACAACGAAAUUGCAGGGAUUAUUUUAUAUACUUAAUGCUAUUUAAAUAAACACCCGAAUACAACUAUGAAUAAAUGUAUAAAAGGAAAAAUGUAUAAUUUGGUUAAAUUUCGCUCAAUUUAAGUUUAAACAAAACGGUGUAAAUUAUUAAAAACAUCAAAAUUACAAAUGAAAA